UCCCAGAUGAAAGCCAUAUAAGCGGUGACACCAGGAACCAAGCGUGCUAGCCAGCCGCGUCCAACGUCCAACAUCACCCAACCAAGCUGAUUCUCUCCCUUUUCCUUCUCUUCUUCAAAUCUUCAUCCAGUUCUGACCACUGAAUCGUCCGCAGUAGGGGAGAUGGGAAGAAUAUUUCUAGUGGAGCUGGAUGGUAGGGUUUAUAAAUGCAAAUUCUGCGGAAGUCACUUGGCUCUCGCCGAUGAUCUCGUCUCCAAGUCUUUCCAUUGCCGUCGAGGGAAAGCAUACCUUUUCAAUAUUGUGGUCAAUAUCAUAGUGGGGGCCCAAGAAGAAAGAAUGAUGCUCUCUGGAAUGCAUACUGUAGCAGAUAUAUUUUGUUGCUGUUGUGGACAAAUAGUUGGCUGGAAAUAUCUUUUUAUCAUGGUUCCUGGUCCCUACUUGUUCCAUUAUCACAUCCAGGAGGCAGCACACGACAAAAGCCAAAAGUACAAAGAAGGGAAGUUUGUUCUGGAAAGGGGGAGGAUCGUUGAUGGAGCUGAGUCAGAAUUUUACCUUGAUACCCGCCCUAGUAUGAGUGAUAAUGAAGAUGCUUAGCGGCUCAAAAAUAUUUGUACAGUAUGCCUAUUAAUAGUAAAUCUUUACCGAAGACGAAAUGUACUCUGUUUCUAUCCAUUGACAAUCACUGUUUAGUAACUGUAAAUUUCAUGUUUUUUGCCUUUGUGGUGGUGCUAUCUUUCACUCGAAGUUGCCUUUGUAGCGGAUGGUGAUUGUUGUCAUUGUAAUAGGUUAGUAAUAAAAUAUAUCUUUUUCCAUUUCCUUGCU